CAUGGACGGGCGUUUUCCGGGCGCCAAUGUGAAUUCAUUUUCCUUACACUCUGCUCAUUGUCAGAUUCCACGUUCGUUUUCAGAUUCUGUCUUUUACUCUAUGUCCAAAUUGGAAACGCCGUAAGGCCCAGACGAAACCGAAAGGGAACUCAUAUAACUCGAAAUUCCAGCACUUCGGAUUCGACCAAUAAACCAUUAACCUUGAUCAGGCGCAGCGUAAUGAACAAAUGGGAUUUUUCUCUUCAAGAAGAACUGACGGGGACUUUGUUGUUCAUGAUAGAGAGGGGAGCAAAACGACCACGACAACAACGGUGGUGCAGGUCAUUAGGUCGCGUUUCUACGGAAAGCACAGAACAGACGCAGACUCUCGAGCAACAGCUAACUCUGGAACCUUCAUUGCGCAGGACGGUUCUACAGCCUCUACACUCGGCCAUCCAGGACAAAGUCUUCGGAAAAGCCAGUCUACGCCGUUCUCUGCUACGAUUCGCAAAGCUUCUGGCUCAAGUAGACUCAAGAAUGUGCAUACUAGUUCUUCAACCAACCUUCGUUCCACGGAAUCUUCCAAUACGAAAGAUUCUGGUCUCUUCGAAUCCUCGGGAUUCUUUCAUCUCCAAGCAGGCACAUCAUCAUCAAAAUCAACCUAUGGAAGGCAUGAUGCAACUGGUGCACCUUCGACAGUAUCUGCCAUUAGGUCUGCAUCUGCUCCUUCGGGCGCUCGUAUUUCUCGUACGGAUAACGCCACGUACGUGAACAUCGUACUCUUUUAUGACCCUGGCACAAAGAUUAA